AUGCUCCAUUUGAUGGGAACCGGUAGAAUUCUUACGACGGAUCAUCAUCACCAUCAUCAUCACACAUCAUCGACCGGUACACCCAACAUCAGUUCGAUAAAAACGGAAAGCGUGGAAACACCGGAAACGACAGACGAAAAAGAUGGUAAAAAAAGCAAAAGGCAACGUAGGCAACGAACACAUUUCACUAGUCAACAACUACAAGAGUUAGAAGCAACUUUUGCACGUAACAGAUAUCCCGACAUGAGUACGAGAGAAGAAAUAGCCAUGUGGACAAACCUAACAGAAGCCAGAGUUAGGGUCUGGUUUAAAAAUCGUCGCGCAAAAUGGCGUAAAAGAGAAAGGAAUGCAAUGAAUGCGGCCGCUGCAGCUGCUGCAGAUUUUAAAAAUGGCUUCGGUACUCAGUUUAACGGUUUAAUGCAACCCUUCACCGACACGGACAGUUUAUAUUCGAGUUAUUCAACUUAUAAUAAUUGGGCUGCUAAAGUACCCAGUCCUCUCGGUACUAAAACUUUUCCAUGGUCGGUAAAUCAUUUGACUAGUGUAGUACCUACUAACCAUCAUCAGACUGGAGUAGGAGUGAAUUGUUUCAAUACGGCCACAUCAGUGUCGGUUGCUGCGGCUGCCGGCAUGUCGACGGGUUCGAUGCUUCCGGGUGGCAUGACCGGAAGUAAUACAACUCCGAGUCCGGCUUGUCCGUACGGUCCACCCACGAAUCCAUAUUCGAUGUAUCGAGCUUCGGCAGAUUUGCCCAAUCACGCAAUGACUACGAGUAUAGCAUCGCUACGACUCAAAGCGAAACAACAUUCGGUUUCUUCCAGUUUCGGUACAUAUUCUCCAGUGACGACCCGUCCGAGCAGUACGGGACUUUCUGCGUGCCAAUACGCAACGAUUGAUCGAAACGUCUGA